CCGCAAUUUAAUCCCUCUUGACUUCCGGUUCCGAAAAUUUUGUAAAUAAAAACAUGCAAGAAAGUUAAAUUAUAAAUCUUUGGUUAAUUAAGGGCAAAAUAGCAAUCUGAAACUAAUCAGAAUGUUUACAGACAUUAAGAACAUCGUAUACCGUCCGUCUGAGUGCAUGACAUCAAAAUACUCAAUCGGAAUUAUCGAAACGAAUGCUGACAGUUCUUUCUUAUUUCAUCACUUUUUGUCAUACUUCUUGAAAGAAAAAUGCUCUGUAGUGUUUCUCAGCUUUUGUCAGUCUUUUAACCAUUUUAACAGUGUCGGCAAUAAGAUUGGAAAUAACUUAACCAAAGAAAGGGAUUUAAAUAAUUUCUUGUUCAUUGAUGGUUUGAAAGGAUUAGCACAUGCAGUAAACAGUGAGAGCCUCAAGGGAGACAACCCAUGGUCUUCUUGUAUGCAGAAUAAUGGGAAAAUGGAUGUGAAAGGAUUAUAUAAGAUUAUUAAGCAAGUCAUUAACAAGUUUACCUCUGACUCUGACAAAAAUGUUGUAUUUAUUAUUGACAAUUUGUCGAUGCUUGUAGAUAUAGGUGUACAUGCUGAGGAUGUAAUGGCACUGGUACAUUACCUAAAUAACUAUGUUACAAAAGAUAUUGAAGGUAGUUUUGUGUUUGGUGUCAAUAAUGACUUGGGUGAACAAGAUGAGGAUGCAGAUCACUUAAAGAAGUUUAUUCAACAUACUGUAAAUAUGAGUCUGGAAGUGAAAGGUUUAGAAACUGGUUAUUGUAAGGAUGUACAUGGACAGUUGGAGGUGAGGUGGUAUAAUACAGCAGCCAGAGAGACAUCCACAACUAAAGUAUCACAGUUCAAAUUGACAGAUAAAACAUGUGCAGUUUUUGCUUCUGGAAUGUCAUCUGCAGUUUUAUGAUUAAAGGGAGUUAAUAAAGUAAAGCUGGUUAAAGUGA